GAUAUGGGUAUUUUGCAAACUCUAGGGGAUUAAGGCAGAGGGACCCCCUCUCUCCUACUUUGUUCAUUAUAGCUUAGGAGGUUCUAAGUAAGGGUCUAAGGAGCAUUUAUCAGCAGAGAUUGGUCUCUCAUUUUCAUAUGGGUAGAGACACAUCAUUGGUGAGUCACCUGUUAUUUGCUGAUGAUACUUUGGUAUUUCUCAGAGGAACUAAGAGAUAUGUAUUGAAUGUGAUGAAGUUUAUCGAGUUGUAUGAGUCUUGCUCUGGUCAGCAGGUCAAUAAGUUGAAGAGUGCUAUGUAUUGCUCUAAAAGGCAUCCAAUUGCCAGAAGAAAUGUGCUGGCUUCUCUGGUGGGAAUUCCUAUUAAGAAUUGUCCUUUCACAUAUCUAGGAUGUCCAAUUAUCAGAGGCAGGGUUAGAAAAUGUCAUUUUCAGGAGGUAGUGAGGGUGUUCAGGGGAAGAAUUAAGGGUUGACAUGCAAAGAUGAUGUCUAGUAUGGGUAGAGUUGUGCUGAUACAGUCAGUGCUUAAUUUUAUCCCUCUUCACAUGUUAGCAUGUAUGAACAUUCCUAAAUGGAUUUUGAAGAAAUUGAAUUCUUUAAUUGCUAAUUUUGUUUAGUCAAGCAAGCUG